UGUCUCAAACACUCUCAUCCUACACUUUCCUCUUUCCCUUCAGUCUUAGUUCUUUAGAAGCACACAGAGAUGGAGAGGCAGACAAGCAAGUUUAGUUCUAUGUUCACAUGGACUUUGGUCGCUGCAUUGCUCUCUCAGAACUUGGUGAUGCAUGUAGUGUCAACAAGCUUUGAAGAUCAGAAGAACUACUUCCACUUCCCUCCAGACCCACAUUUCCCCGGAGGUAGUCCUCCGAUUACAGGGAGUCCUCCCUAUGUAAGCACACCACCACCAGAUGGAGGCUACGGAACACCACCACAACACGGAGGCACACCACCUUCUUAUGGAAAUCCACCACAUGGAGGCACACCACCUUCUUAUGGAAAUCCACCACAUGGAGGCACACCACCUUCUCAUGGAAAUCCACCACAUCACGGAGGCCACAGCCCAAAACCACCAAGCCCUUCAAAUUGUGGAACCCCCCCACAUCAUGAUCCAACUCCAUCAACACCAUCUACUCCUCCUUCAGGAGGCGGUGGUUACUACAAUUCCCCACCAACUUCACAAGGUAGCCCCCCAACACCAAUCAUCGAAACCCCGCCAAGCACCACCACCCCUCCACCAAGCCCCCUCGUACCUACACCUCCAUUCCUCCCUGAUCCUAAUUCACCCAUCAUUGGUACAUGCACUUACUGGAGGACUCACCCAGGAAUUAUCUGGGGUCUGUUAGGCUGGUGGGGAACUAUGGGCAAUGCAUUUGGUGUGACUAGCGUUCCAGGGUUUGGAGCACACCUCACCUUGCAGCAAGCACUUUCCAACACACGAACUGAUGGGCUUGGGGCACUAUAUAGAGAAGGGACUGCUUCCUUGCUCAACUCCAUGGUGAACAAUAGAUUCCCUUUCACAACAAAGCAGGUCAGGGAGAGUUUUAUGGCAGCACUCAGCUCAAACAAGGCCGCAGCAGCUCAGGCUCAUCUUUUCAAGCAGGCAAAUGAGGGCAAACUCAAGCCCAGAGACUAGAAGUAUUUGGUUCAUCAGUUUGUGAAAGCAUUUUAUCUUUAGACUCUAGCAGUGUGGUGUUAUUUAGGAUUUUGUGUCUUCUAAGUAUCUUAUUAUAUCUGUGAUGUCAUAGCAUGUUAAGAUGGAAACCAUGUCAACAAUUUUUAUGCUUAGCCUAUGUUUUCUUAGUUAUAAAUAAAUUCAUGUUUUAGUUUGAAUUUAA